AGAAAAAGAGCCACGUUACAGGAACACAGGUUGAAAACUUUGACUCACUUCCACCAAAUAAUGACCAUCUUUCUAAACUUUCAGCACCUCAUGGAAACCAUCGUGCACUGGAACUCUUUACAAGGAUUUACUUUCUUUCUGUUCCUGACAACAAUCAGCAAAGGGUCAGGAUGUGAACUUCCUUCAAGCCCUGAGUGCUUCAGACAAAAUAACGAGCAAUCAGUUUACUUUUGUGAAUGGAGCUUUAAUACAAACGCAAGUGAUGCAAGGUUUGACUUUUACUUUAAUUUCACAGGUAGGAAGACACGGUUAGGGGAGACUACGAAGAACCCGUAUGAAAUUGUUAAAGAAAGACUGGUUGUUGGCUUUAAAAUUGAUAUUUGGAUAGAAGGUAAUACGAGUAAUUCCAGCUGCAUGUCACCCAGGUGGUCUGGUGUGCUAAAGGACAGAGUUAAAUAUGAGGCUCCACGAAAUGUUUCUGGAUCCUGGUGGAGCAACGGCCUCAUUUUAAGCUGGCUAGCUCCAGAGACAUAUCCAGCUUUGGCAGAGGUUCACAUUCGUCCCAUGGAUGCUCCUACAAACUAUUUGGUAUCUAGGUUCAUAAACACCACCUUUGAGGCCUUGAAGUACAAAGUUCUAAUUGUGAAUCUUCAGAGGGAUAAAGCCUACCUUGUUCGGAUCAGACAUCGAUCAACUAGAGUCAAAGACCCACUAUGGAGCAACUGGAAUCCAGAUUUAGUUGUUCCUGCCGAACUUGAACAUGAACCUGAGAUAACCAGCACAUUAGAACUUUCAAAUGGCACUCGAAAGGUGAUGCUAACUUGGAAGCCGAUGCCCAGUGCAGCAGCAGUCACAAAUGUGACGUUCAAUGUGAAAGACACACAGUCGUCUCAUGAUUGUCCAUGUAGGAAGAAGAAAAAGGAACACAACACAGAGCAAAACAGCGCCACUGUUUAUGUGUCAUAUUCUUCUGUCAACAUCACCGUCGUCGCCAAAAACCCAGCAAGCCAGUCUCCACAGGCCGUCAUCAGACUACCAGUUGCAAGUGCAACAAAUUUAAAAAUUUGUAAUGAAACAUUACUCAAUGGAAAAUUAAAGAAGACAACUUGUGUUGAGUUGUACGAGCUUCAAGAUGCUCAAUUGAAGCCAAAACCUGUCAUGAUUUUAACAGCAAGGGGGGGAAAGAAAAGGAGGGAACAAAUUAAAACAAAUAUGAGGGACUACAUCCGGUACCUUUACUUUGAGCACAGAUGUGUCAAUGGGAAACCACAGACAGUUCAAAUGUGCUUCUUUUAUAAGAAGGAAGGAGUGCCAAACAAGGAACCUCAAGAACUUUUUGUUUCUGAUGAAACACAAAAUUCAGCUCAAUUGUUCUGGAAACCAAUUCCGUAUGAGCACCGGCGUGGGUUCCUCACUCACUAUAUAUUGUGUGUGAAAAUCAAUUCACAAAAUGAAGAGUGCUUCAACAUAUCUACAUCAAAGACAUCUUACCGCUUGAAAAACUUGACACCAGAUACAAGAUACAACAUCAGCCUGGCUGGAGUGACACGAACGGGAAAAGGACUUCAAGCCACAGCCUUUUUUAUCACAUUGUCAGAGAGUCCCGUGAACGUGUGGUUGAGUUUUGGAUUGCUGUUUGGGUUCUUUUUAUUCUCAACGAUGUGCACCGUUGUUUUAAAGAGAAUCAGAAUCCUGAUCCUCCCUCCUGUGCCGACUCCUGUGAUUCCAGAUUUCACUUCCCGUCAGCCGGAAAGCGAGCAGAAGUGGGAGAGGAAAGAGGAAGUGGAUGAGCUCACUCUGCUACAGCUACUCCAGGAGGGGACCUCCCUUACAGAAAAGACCCCCGUCUUCACAGAGAAGUGGAGUGAUGGGAGUGACAUGGAGAAUGAGGGGAGUGACUCAGAGGGAUCCAGUGAUGAGUGUGAGAGCUCAAACUCAACAAGUCAGGCACUGAGAAAAUCUGGGAUGACGGAUAUUGAAAAGAUGGAUGUAGAACUUGCCAUGCUGAUAUAUAGAAAUGGUUUGGUGUUCGAUGUCAAAGGAGAAUCACCCUAAAAUUGUCCAUACGUGAUUUAUUCUGAAUAUACGGUUAAACAGCUUUUCUUUUUUGGAAAAAUGUGAUGUUUAUAUAACUUUGUGUUUAAAAUUAUAUUUGUAUGUUUGUAUAUUUUUGUUACCUGUGUGUUUCGUUUUUAGCAACAAAAGAUAUGAUGCUAUAUUUUUUUUGGAAAAAGAUAAAAGAUUUUGGUUUAAAUUCACAUUAUUUGGUAAAAAGUAAAUGAACAUUUAAGCGACGGACAUCAUGCGACAGAGUGGCGACCUGUCCAGGAUGUCCCCUUCCUUUGCCCACGAGUGGCUGGGAUAGGCCUCUGCAGACCCGUGACUCCAAAAGGGACAAAACGGGUUUAGAAUUUGAAUAAAUGAAUGCAGGAUUUCCAAAAACACCAUUUCUAUUUUCUUAAAAAAAUAACACCCAAAAUUCCUCCUUAGUGGCAAAUUAUUUAUAAUUCAUUUAAUUCAGGGAGUGUCCGCCCUGACACAGAAAGGUCAUGAGUUCAAAUCCAGGCAGAGUCAUGCCAAAGACAAACCCAGUGCCUCCCUGCUUGGCACUCAGCAUUGAGGGGUUGGAUUGGGGGGUUAAACCACCAAACGAUUCCUCAGUGUGGCUGUGUCUGCAGCUUACUGCUCCACAGGGGAUGGGUCAAAUGUAGAGAACAGAUUUCACAUGCCUAUGCAUGAAAACUUGGGACUUUACUUUAACUUUUACAAAUAAACCUUUUGGAUCACUUUUUGAAACUCCAAAUAUAGUUAAAAUCAUAGUUUAUAAACAAGUUAAAAAGCAUCUGUGUUUACAAGUUAAACUAAGUUAAACUUACACUGAGUUGAGUUAAACUUGUAAUUUUUAAUUCUUUUUAAUUGCAUGAGAAACAAGUUGUUUGAGGUUACAUUGACUGGAAAUCCCGGUGAGGAUGAGCUUGACAUUCUAUGAUCUGAUGUGAGACAUAAAAAAAUACAAGAGUGCAUUCUUUGCUACUUUAUUGCAGAUGCUAAGAUGUGGUUGAACCUUUUCAUGUCAUUACUCUAAACAUCAAAGCCUCAAAAAAUAUGGGCUGCUGGAAACAUUUAGAUGCAACUAAGCAAAACAUUUGAAGUAAAAACUAAUCAUAUUUCACUCCGAUUUUUUUAUAGUAAUACAUUAAUUUCAUUGCAGACUUGUAGUCUAUACAGAAAAGACACCCAUGACAAAAUACAUUAAUUGUUAUCCUUUCAGUAAACAGUCAUACCAGUGUUUCCACAACUGUAAUAUCAUGCCACAGAAUAUAUAUCACAGCUGUGUUAUAUAUGGCACUAUAUGCAAUGUUAUAUACUAGAAACAUGCGAAUUAGAACUGAAAUGUCCAAACACUAAUCUAUAGUUGAUUGUUGUAAAAGAAUACAAAAGUAAAAGCAAAAAAACAUUAAAAGUCAGGGCAUGUGGUUGUUAAAAAAACAAGUAUGAGCAUGGGAUAGUUAAGUUCAUCACAGGAAGUGGUCAUCAAAAAGAUGCACUGACCUUGAAAAGGUUAAAGAAACGUAUUGUGAAAAAGGACAAGUCAUAACAAGAGACAUUCAUGUGGUUUGACUUACAUACAAUAUGUUCUACUGAUUUAUGUGAAAUUAGCAAAACACUCAUAGUUUUUUCUUAUAAUGUAGUUUCAUUUCUCAGAAGAAUGACCCAUUUUUUUCACAAAUUUGGUUUAACUAAAAGGAACAAGAACAGCAAGAAUUAGUCUGUUGAUGCACUUUUAAAUUAAAACGAAAUAUUUGUAUAUUAGCUGACGAAAAUCCGGUCCCUUUAACAAAUGAUAAAAAAACGCUUUUUUUAAAAUAGAAAAUACACUCAAAUCUUGAAGCAAAUUGUUUAAGAUCUGCAGCUGAGAAUGAGGAUGAAAAUUUGAAAUUAAUUUUAAAAUUAAUGUUAUUAAGUGAGUGCUGCCAUUUUUUCCUUGACAUUUUCAAAGGAGGAUUUCUCCUGAUAUGCAUAGCCUUCAUUGACCAUUAGGUAUCAUAUGCAUAGCCUUUUUAAGAAGCAUUUAUCUCUGUUUACACCAGUCAACUCUAAAAACAAAAAUCUGCAGAAAUGUGUAGCACUAAAAGAUUUUUUUCCUUUUGGAAAAAAUGUGCUGAAGCCCAGUUUCUAGUGUUGUAGAUGUGAAGGGCAAAAACUCAUUAUUUCAUGUAAGGUUUAAUGUUAUGUAUGUCGCAGCUACAUACAAUUACAGAAACAGAAAAGCAUGAAGCCCUUAGAAAUAUGUUUUUCACUUCUUGUUGCUGUUUUUUUUUGCACAGCUAACAAAUCAGAAGUGAUUUGCUGUUAGUAACGAUGAUGAUGAGGAUAAUUUUUUAUUUCAGACAAAACACCUUAAAGGAAAGAUAGGACAGGAUAAAAAUAAAUAUGAGAAAUAUUUUAAAAAAGGAGUAGGAAGAGAAAAAAGCCCUUCCCCUAAUCCUGUUCCCUCCCUAAUGAGUACACAUUCUUUUUUAGAUACCCAUAUACACACAUAUAACUACGCAUAUAGAUAAAAACAUUCACACUUGGGCAUCCGACAUACAUUUGUUCUGUAUAGACACUCAUCAUUCUAUUUAAAUCUUAUUUACCUAAAUCCCUGUACAAAUUUAUAUCCAUAAAUAUUUACAUAAAUAUAUCACAAUUUAUUAAUGUUGUUUAUGUAUAUUUAUCAACAGUCCUUGAUGUUUGGACAUUGUUUUAAGUGUAUGCUGGUUCUGUUAAGAUGGGUAUUUCCAUAGGAAUGUUGUGGUAAUUUAUCAAUACGUUUUUAUUAUUAUUUAAACCUUUUAAUAAUAAUAAUAAUAAAUUAAUUUGCUGGA